GUCUGGUACGGUAUGGUUAGCCUGUAACCCUAAAACGAGGACCAACCAUUGAUUGAUUGAUUGACACACCAAACAACAAAAUCUGCAACAAGCCAACUCCAUAGUUGGCGACAUCCAGUUGUGAGUUUCGUCACUCUCCAUCCUCACCCCAAAUGUGCCUCCAUUGCCGUUCGCUGCCAUGACGACACACUCAGAAGAAGACGCCAUGAAGGCUACCGGUACCGGUAGCAGUGUCAUUGCUGAGGGUACUAACGCCAAUGGAAGUGACGACGACAGCAACGCUGUGGUCGUACGCAAACGUCCAACAUGGGAAAUCACCAUGGAAAAGUUGUUGGACGAGUGUGCGUCCUCAGAUAACCCUUUCCUGAACUCUUUUGCGUCCUCUCCUCUCAUGGAGAGGUUUCUCCGUGACAAUGCCUUGGCAAAAGCCUUUGGACGCAUGAGCCGAAGUAGGUUGAGAAAAGAGCUGCAAGAAUCCGCGGCACUCGAAUCCAAACUUGCGAGAGCUCUACCAGGGCUAUUGGCCACUCAAACGGCUUCGGGUGGCACUGUUAGUAGGUCAGAACCGGGCAUGGGCACAACACAGACAGAAGAUCUAGUCAUUUGGGAUUUGUGCUGUGGAAAGGGAUUUAGUUCACUCUGGCUUGCCACCAACACGUUUCCCCAAGCUUCAUCCAUUACCAGCGAAGAUGCAACCAUAGAUACAAACCAUGCAUGUCCCAUCACCAAUGACAAUCCCGGCAAGGUCUCCAUCCACAUGGUGGACACCGAUGGAGACAUCAACUUUGACUGGAUCAAUGGUUUUCCAAACUUGACCUUCCACAAGUUGGAUAUCUAUUCACACGAUCUCGAAGAUGCCAUCAGAGAAUCCACCAUGGAUGGCCAGAAAAAGCUCAUUGUCGUCGGGAUUCACACAUGCGGUGACUUGUCGAGGCGAGUUCUCCAACUUGGUCAACUGUGUGAGGCUUACGCUACAUUGGUAAGCCCCUGCUGUUGUAUUCGUCCUCUCAAACUUAAAAAGCGCAAGAUUGGAUCGUUUGGAUAUGACACGGCAAUGAAGGCCCGCAACUUCAAUGGACAAGUCAGCGUGUACCAAUUGUGGGGGUGGAUGUUGUGGGGAUAUGCCCGUGCCAUGAAUCAACAACAGGCAGAGAAAAGCGGGGAACAGCAGAAGCGAAGAACAAGCCAUAGAAUUGAUUUGACAGCUGAGCCACUGAUGAAAACAGACAAGAACAUUUGGCUCUCAGUUGUUGCAGCACCGACAACAAGAGUCUUCCCGGUUGACUCGAGUUGACAAGUUAGGAAAGGUAUAGAGAGAGUAUGGUGAUGUAAUGCAGCAGCAUUUGCCUGAAAGAAUGGCGUCUUCUUUCAUUAUGGGAAAUGCCGUGGGUAAGGGAUGUUCCGUGGGGAGACAAAUUAUUUAGUGCACGACAUGAUGCGCAACAGCCGUAGUAGUAGCUAGCGGUAGCCGUGGCAGGUCAUUGGAUAAUAACUAUGACCUACUAGCUAGUACUUUUUUGUUUUUC